ACUCUAUUUCUGCGAAACAUUUAGUGUCUUAUCGAUCAACACAACUGUACGCUACGGAUCGAAAGCCCGGAGCGGAUAGUCUGUGCCGAACCCACGGGACUGAACGGCACGCAAAUCAUUCACCUGAAUAUGAGUGCCGUUCCCGAGGAAUGCGGUCCACGACUCGUCUCCACAAACGAGCCGAACGUAACCAUACAUAAGAAGAUCGGUGACAGACAUCAGUUCCAGUGCCGAGCGCUGGGAGUGCCGGCCCCUCACAUACACUGGAUUCUGCCGAAUGGGGACGUACUGAACGACACGUCCAACACCAUCCACUAUCAACUCAAACUCACGGGAAGUCUGCGUCUCUUUCACCUGAAGCCCCGGGACUCCGGUGUCUAUCGAUGUGUCGCCCAAAACACGUUCGGCUCAGUCAUGGCGGCCAUGACUCUCAUGAUAGACAACAUUGAUUUGCAUUUGUAUGCGAUGACCGUCGCCUCCAAUUACGUGACACUCGUAUGGAACGGAACGGGCCGUAACUCAUUCCACGAGUACCACAUCAUCUACAAAGUGAUGGACGACAGGACGGGCGACGACGAGGCGCCCAACACGACCACCACCCGGAGCCUGAGCGCCGACUCGCCCGGCAAAUGGCAGUCGGAGUACGAGUCGGUCACUGUGAACCACGUGUUGCGCUCCUAUAGUCUCACGCAUUUGGAGCCCAACACCAAGUACUGGAUCUGUUUGACGGUGAGGGACGCCGACGCCCACAACGGCUACGUCCAGCUCUCGUGUACGACAGUCGUGACCAAAGCGGCCACACAUACGACGGCUACGCCCCUGAAAACGUCGGAGUCGACCAACUUUGCGCUGGCCAUCACUCUCAGCGCAACCAUUUUGCUCGUCUUCUUCGUCUACUUCGUGUAUAUGGGACUCAAACGGUAUCGCAUUCACCGCCAGUACGAGAUACCGGCCCCCAAGUUGAGUAACGGUGCCAAUAAUAACCCCGGUGUUCACAACGACCCCAAUUUGCCACACAUUCCGCUCGAAAACAUUAAGAGUCCACUCAUUAAGCAUAUGAGGCAUUGAAUUGAUAUUAUAUUGUAUCGAC